AGUGAAAGGUCUAGUGUCCAUUAAGGUGCUUAAAGUUAUAAUGUUAUAUAUAUACACCGUAUAUAUCAAUCUUUUCUCUACAAUCUCUAUAUAUAAUUCAAAUCUCCAAAGUCAUUCAAUUAAUGUUGAUGAGCCAAAUUCAUGCAAGGGGUGGCAUUUUGUAAGGUGUACGGGGAAUCCACGAUAAUUAUUUGUGCCUACUUUUUCAGUUACUGAAAAAGCCAAAACCAAACCAAAAAUGAAAUGAUGAACAAGCAUCAGAAUCCAUCAUCAUCGCUUCGGCUUGUGUUCUUGUUCUUGUUGCCCUCUAAGCUGUGCCUCGUUUAGAAAAAUCUUGGAAUUUGGAUUGCAGGGUUGCUAGCUUCAUUUUCAAUUUGUUGCAUUAUUUGGUGGAUUUUUUUUUUUUUUGGGUCAUUAUGGCUGGUGGACAAAGACAAAGGAGGCUCAACAAGUCAUGUAUUCUCCUCAUAGCAAUUGCAGGCAUAGAGAGGUUUGCAUAUAAAGGGGUGGCAUCAAAUUUGGUUACAUACCUAACUGAUGUAGUGAAGCUAAGGAACUCAUCUGCUGCGAAAAUGGUUAAUAGUUGGUGUGGCUUCACUUCCAUAAUGCCCUUGUUGGUGGCACCCAUUGCUGAUGCUUAUUGGCACAAAUAUUCCACAAUUAUGGCCUCUUCUUUCCUCUAUCUUAUGGGACUUACAGCAUUGACAUCAACAGCACUAGCAAGGUCAUGGCACCACAGAAACAGAACAAUGUCUUCUUCCUUUCUCUCUCUGUCUCUCUAUUUGAUUUCAUUAGGCCAAGGCGGGUACAACCCGUCGCUGCAAGCCUUCGGAGCGGACCAACUGGACGAAGAUGAAGAAUUGCCUAGUAGCAAAGAUGACAAAAGUUCCAAGAAGAAAACAUUGUUCUUCCAAUGGUGGUAUUUUGGUGUUUGUAGUGGAAGCCUAAUGGGUGUGACAGUUAUGUCCUACAUUCAAGAUACAUUUGGUUGGGUGAUCGGGUUCGCAAUCCCUGCAAUUUCAAUGGCUAUGUCCAUUUUGAUUUUCUCAUGUGGAAACCCUAUAUAUACAUAUAAACAUGAUGAUUGUGAUGAUGAACAUCAAGCUAAGAAGCCAUUUAGGGACAUGUUUCAAGCUAUGAAAGAAUCUGCAUUAAAAUGCUUCCAUUGUGGAAUUACCUUACCCAAUGAAAAGUCUGAGGUUUUAGAACUGGAGCUUCAAGAGAAACCCCUUUGUGAAGAAAGCAUGGAAAGCCUCAAGAAUCUGAAAAAAGAUUCUAAAACUAGGAAGCAGCUACUAUCACAUGGCAAGGUUGUUCUUAGGCUCUUACCAAUUUGGACAAUGCUUCUAAUGUUUGCUGUGAUCUUCCAACAACCAGCAACAUUCUUCACAAAGCAAGGCAUGACAAUGAAGAGAAACAUUGGACCAAAUUUCAAGAUCCCACCAGCAACACUCCAAAGUGCAAUAACACUCUCCAUAAUCCUCUUGAUGCCACUCUACGACCGAAUCUUCAUACCGAUCACCCAGAUCAUCACGCGCCAGAACAAAGGCAUAAACGUGAUGCAAAGGAUGGGAAUCGGUAUGGUUCUCUCCAUCAUAGCAAUGGUUCUAGCGGCGCUAGUCGAAAUGAAACGGCUAGAAAUCGGCCAACGGAUGAGAAUCUCAUCAUCCGGGUCAAGAGAAGAGGAAACAACAGUACCAUUAAGCAUAUUCUGGUUGCUUCCACAGUAUAUUCUUCUUGGGAUCUCAGACAUUUUCACUGUGGUUGGAAUGCAAGAGUUCUUCUACAGUGAGGUUCCUACAACAAUGAGGACAAUGGGGAUUGCACUCUACACAAGUGUGUUUGGUGUUGGUAGCUUUGUGAGUGCACUUUUGAUUACACUUGUUGAGGUCUUCACAAGUUCAAGAGGGAUACCAAGUUGGUUCUCUGAUGACAUGAACAAUGAAGCAAGAUUGGACAGUUAUUAUUGGCUCUUGGCAUGUUUGAGCUUUGUGAGUUUAGUGUUGUAUUCAUUAUUGUGUAAAUACUACCAUAGUAGUAGUAGUAGUUGUAGUGAUUCGGAUUGUGAAAAUUGACAUCUAUUUACUCUCUCUCUUUUUUUGUAAUAUCUGUUUUGGCAUGUAAACUACUUUAACUGAUGUUGAAUAAUAGUUUAUGGUGUAUUUUGAUUAUUAAA